AUGACAAGUGGCACAAACUCUUCAGGAUCUUGCUUGUCCUCAAAAAAAAAUUCUAAAAUAGAUAACAACUACUUGAAGGAACUGAAUGAAGACUUAAAGUUAAGAAAGCAGGAACUUCUAGAGAUACUGAAACCUCUAGAAGAUAAGAACACUCUCUUAUUCCAGAAGCUAAUGACUAACUUGGAGGAAAAGCAAAGAAGUCUGCAGAUCAUGAGGCAGAUCAUGGAAGGGAGGGGAUAUGAUGAAUCUUCAGUCAUGGCGCUGAUUAAGGAAGCAGAGGAGAUGAAACAGAACCUGGAAAAGAAAAACAAGAUGCUUCGGAAGGAAAUGGAGUUGCUGUGGAACAAGACAUUUGAGUCAGAAGAGCUCCAUGAUCAACAGACAACGUUCCUGACGAAGCCCAAGGCAGAGGUGAAAGAUGGAAAGGUGAGGUCUGGAAUCCCCAUAUCACUUAGGAAGGCCAGGGGUGAACUAGAGAUAUCAGAAGCAGAAAAAGUGGAGGGGAUAAGGAGGGAAAAGCAACAGAAGAAAAUAAAAUGGGUCAAAUAUGAGGAACAACCUAACAUCCUUCAGAAUGGCUCUCAUGGCAAAGUAAUUGAGCUGAGAAUUGAAGCCUUAAGGAACUAUCAGAAGGUCAAUGACUUAAAAUUAUCACUGUACCUACAGCACAAUUUUGAGCCAAAGCAAGGAGCUUUGGAUCUUCCAAGGCCUCAUAGUAAAAUGGGUACAACUAUAGAAAGAGCAACAACCAACAGAAAUGAGCCCAACAUGAGAAUCCCAGGAUCAAAGAACUAUACAGAACAACAAGAAAGAACAAGAGAAAGUCAGUCUGAUGAUGCAGGAGAGAGGCUCUUUUUUUCUGAGGUCAAUGCCAGAUGA